GUUUCAUGUCCUUAACUUGAAACGCUGGCCGCGGAAUCGUGAAGCGCCAUGGACAUAAUGAUGGUGCUGAGCACCGACGACGUCAAACGUCUCAAGAACAAGUUUGUGCGACCACUGAGUGUCGACGAGUUUGUGUUUAUCAUGAUGAAGUGUCUGCACGACCACAUCCACAACGAACUCGAGUUUGUCAUAUCCGUGAUCGAACUGUACGAGACCAUCGACGUCAACGGCGACGGGUCGCUGGAAUGGGACGAGUUUGCAGGGUACAUUGUGGAUGCGGGUAUUGCCAAGGCCGAAGAAGCCAUCGUAGCGCAAGCCACCAUCAAACUGUACAGCCCCCUGGUGUUCAAAGGGGAGGCUGCGAACUCAAUUCAACCGAUGGCGGCCGACCGCACGUACAUCCAACAAGUUACCAUCUUAGCUGGUCGCCAGGCGUUGGCCUACUACGAGCACGCGUCGGAUGUGGUGCACAUUUACUUGUUUGGCCACGAUCGAGACGUGGAGCCUCGGUUUGCGUCGACGAUUCGACUGCACACGGCAUACCAAGCGCAUAAAGUGCUUUACAUUGAAGACAUUGCGACGCGAUCGAGUCUGGCGAUUUCGUCGUACUUGACCACGGGGUGCAUCACAGUAUGGGACGUCACUCGCUUGUACAACCCGAUUCCGUUGCAGCGAGUGGAUAUGGCCGUGCCGCAAGAAGUGCUAACGUGGGUGCCGUCGCACCAACUUCUUUUGGCCGCCACGACGCAGUCCACGUACAAAACCACGGCCAAGAAGCCGCAGCAGCACCAGUUUACGUUUGUGACGGCGUUGGACAUUGCCACGCUGGAGCGCGUGCCCCUAGACGUUGGCGUCAAGCACGUGACUGCGCUGUGUGUCGUCAAGCGGUCGACGCGGACCGCCGUGGCCAUUGGGUCGAUGGAUGGAACGAUCACAGUGCACGAUAUGGCGAAGGAGAGUCAGCACCCAUCCCACAACAUCGUUGUAGAUGCGCAUGAAAAAGGGGUCAAAGGGCUGACGUACUCGGUCAAAUUUGGGUACCUCGCAAGCAUGGGGCACUACUCAUUUGCUGAAGAGUCGACGAUGGAGGUGCUGGUGUGGCAUUUCGAUGACGAAAACGCCAGAGUUCUCUUGGACCGGGCGUUGAGUGGCCACCACGCAGCACUAUGUGCAGUCACGACCGUGGACUCGGAAAGCCAUUUGGUGUCGGGGGACGAAGGUGGCAUGAUGCGAGUGUGGAGUGUCUCGACGUGGGAUUGCUUGCAGACGUUCCACACGUCGCAGCACAUCAGCACGUUGCGGUGUCAAGUGGUGUGGCCCACAUCCCCCCAAGCCGAUGCUCUGCUGAUGUGCGCGGGCAAGUCGGUCGAGUUCCACGAUUGCGCGCUUGUCCGCGAGCGCGAAGAGUUUUUGUUUGUCGAUUUUAACGCCACGUUCAACGUGAUCCUUGCGGCCACAUACCACCGCCUGAUCUUGUGGGACAUGGCCUCGGGUGACAUGCGCAAAACAUACGAAUUGCACGUGAUCUACAACGGCAAACCCGCCACACACAGCGUCACAGCCGUGUGCCUGGACGACCGAGAGCGCAAGCUCAUCGUCGGGGACGACGCUGGCCAAGUGCUCGUGGUGAACCUCGUCAACGGCAACCUCAUGAAGGAGCUCGACCCCCAUGCCCAAGCGAUUUCGUCGCUGUCGUACGUGGCCAGUUCAAAGUGCGUCGUCUCGACUGCUAUCGACGCCACCAUUCACAUUUGCGACGAAAACAACGCCCACGGGUACUACGUGCCAUUUGCGGGGGCGCCCUUGUCCGUGCUCCUUCGAUCCCUCCGACUGUCCCCCGCCGUAGCGCUGCUUCCCCCCCGACAACGCCGGCACACGAUGGCGAUCGUAGCAUCAAGCAGCGUCGCCCCAACUUCGUCGUCGCACUCUCCAGACAUCGACGUACUUACAAGCGUCUCCAGCGACUCACUGCGCCUCAUUGCGACUGUGUCUUCCUGUUCCAUUGGGGAGAGUUACGUGCAGUUGUGGGAUUUUGAUUCGUCAGUGUUGGUGCAAACGUGUGUCGCGCCCGACCCGACGGCGGAAAUCAGCUGCGUGGUGUUCCUACCCGGUUACCCGGGCCUUGUGGCCGGUCUGAGCACGGGCGAAGUGUUUGUGUGGGGCGUGCGACCGUCCCCGGCCUCCAGCCUAGGUUGUCUUUUCCAGCUCACACAGUGGCCUCUUUCUCCUUCGAUGAUCCCUGCGCCGUCUCUGGCCGCCCACGCACCUGCCAUCACCAGUCUACUGACAUUACCCCUCGCUACUACUGACGAACCCCCCGGGGUGCUGAUAUUCGCUGGCGACGAAGCCGGCCAAGUGACGCGGUGGACGCUCCCGUACGAUGCAAUUGUCGGCAGCGGUCUCGUCGCCAACGAUGCAGACGGUGACGACGAUGGUGUCACGACCGAAGCAACGUUUGUGACAGCGCUGCCAUCUCGCCAGCCCGUCACAGCCACACGUUGCAGCACGCCGUCUGUAGCUUCCACAACUUCGUCAGCAACGUCUGGACGACAUACCCACACAGACGUGGCGUGGGACACCAUGGCCAAGUCGGCGCGGUCCGCCAAACUCGCGAGCGCGUCCCCAGCGCCUGUGGCGAGCGACGUCCAGUGGCAAGUGGACGGCGGCGGUGUCACCAAACUCGCCAAAGCCUCAGUCACCCUCGACGUGUAUUCGGUGCUCACAUGCGUCGCCACGGGGAAAAUCCAGGCGUGGAGUGUCGACGGGGUCGACCAAGGUACCCUAGACUACUUUGCAACGCGGCGGCAGCCAGUGCAUGCUCCGUGGCGGCUCCCCGUGGACCGGUCGUUGCGGCUACAACAGCAACAAGUCCAGGCCAACGCCGUGUUGCAGCAAGUGCGAGGCGUGACGGCGUUGCUGCAGAACUUGGACGUUAAACCCCCCAACCACCAAGGGCCUCAAAGUUAUCCCAACAUGUCGUCCAAACUGUCCACUCCCGCGACCCCCGCCUCACGCCAGCCACGGACAACAACGACGAGCCCCAACAGCGUCGAUGCGAUGGUCACCCCGCGCACCGCCACACGAUUUCAAACCCUCGGUCAACUUGUGUCUCGGAACGAGCGGCGGGCUCUUCAACAGCCCGACAAUGACGAAGACUCGAAUGUGUCGUUGGACGUUGUGCUGCAUGACAUUGGUAAACUGAAUCAAGUGGCCAGGACCACGCACACGCGCAAGAAGCGAACGAUUCACACCGCGGACACCAUCAUGGAGAGGUCGUUGUCCAUGCCUACGUUGCUGCUCAAGCCAGCAGCAACAGCAGCAGCAGUAAAGUCACGCAAGGGGGGGUCGUCGAAAGGGAAGACGCCCCUCCUGUCACGAUCAACAACGUCCACGUGUGUGCUGCCUCCCCUCGACUUGCGCCACGAACUCGCCGAGAUGGCACUAGCCAAGCAACACCAAGUUGAUGUAGCCGACAGCGACUCGACGCAGUCCGUGCUGAGCUAUCACCUCAAGCUCGCCCACGCGUGGCAGCAGUGAGCGCUACCUCGAUGAUUUGGCCAGAAUUAUCGGUCACCCCCCCCCCAAUGUCGUUUGUUGUCCUUCCAUAGCGCCUCGUUUAUCGUCGAACCGCUAGAGUGUGUAGAUUUCGACCGUCGUUGGCAUACACCCUAUGAAUAGUACUG